UCUUCCGACAAAUUGAUAACAACUCGUCCCUCUUCUCUCCACUCUUAUAGAGGUGUUGUUCCCAGAAUGCAGUCAUCAGGAUUUACAAGGCGAUUUCUUUUAUGCCACGUCGGCUCUAAAAGAAAGUCCCGUCGAACAAAAGCAGACGAUCGAUCGCAGCGAUCGAUUUGAUAAAGAGGCAGAUGGGAAAUCGCGUGGAGUUGUCAAAAGGCAAGGGCGGUGUGGGCUCUGUGUGUCCCACUGGAUACAAUUGUUAUUUUCAACAGGCUUAUAUUUUGAAAAGACGAGAAGGGGAGAAGUUGUUUACUCAGACUCAAGACUUAGCAGCCUUAGUAUUUACAAUUUCUCGCCUAAACCUCUAGGCUCUUGAUAUACUCUGAGGACCCUUCGGACGAUUUCAUGAAUUCGGCAUUCGACUGAUGUUUCUUGGUAUCGUACUCGUCCGUGUCUUUUCCGCCACAUUAUAAAGUUUUUAUCGAACCAAUUUAUGAUCACUCAAGGAGAUUCGAUUAGAUAUAAAAAGGAUUAACAUCGUGGGGUACAAUGGAUGCGGUUAUGUGGAUCUAAUUACAAAUCAUCACUCGUGUCAAUCUACGAUGCUAUUCAUAAUGUUCUCAUCUGGUCAGUGGAGUGUUUCUUUUCAUAAUGCGGAGAUAAUUCUGGUCGAGUGCGCUUUAAUUUGAAGACUGUCAUUCUUAACAUCAUCUUAAGUGUUAUCAUGGAUAUUAGAUUACCUGAAAUUAUUAGCGAAGUCAUCGGUAAAAACAUCGAGGAAUGAAACAAACUGAAUAAAUCAUUGGAAAAUUAUCAAAUCAUCAUGGUAAAAAUCAACAUCCAUUUGGACUGAACGUUAAGAAGUAUGAAAUGGUUCGACUGUUCGUUCACCUGUAUAUUUAGUGGCACUCUUUUAAAUCUUUGUUUAUCAUUUGUUGAAUCAUCGCGUGUUUCACUGUUUUGAUCAAAGUCUCCUGAAACAAUAUAUUGGGCAAAAAAUAAAUAAAAACACACGUGAUAAAUGUGAACGACUUGAACAAGAAAUGAAAUCGUGUUUUACCACUUGAUCUACAUCAGCAUUCUUCUUUACUUCACCGUGUGCAAUAACGAUCUACGAUACUUAUGUUCUUAAUUACUACUAAUUGAGGAAAGGUGUGAUAUCUAAAUUCUUUAUUCUGGAGAGGGUCUAAAGUUGACUACUAAUGUUUAAACAACCUUAAUGACAAACACUUCAAGAUCCACCAAGUUCAGAACUCUUCAAUGAAUAUUAUGUCAAGUUAACCAGUGUGCGUGACACCUUGAGACGCCUUGGCUUUAUCUCGUGAUAAUGACUUCAAGUUCUACCAUGUGGAAUUGACACAUUUUUCUAGAACAUUCGAUUUUGAAACCAUGAAAUAAACCGUGAACACGCCAUUUUUUUGAGAGUUCAGAUAUAACUUGUGUUCUGCUCGUGUUCAUUUGUAAAAAAAAAUAUUUUGCACGUGAAACAACAGCAGUUUCUGCAAAAGCAGGAUGACUUAACGAUGAGCGGAAAUAAAGAAAGUCGGCACCGUGGCAGUGGUGUUGCCAAGACCCGGGCCGACCGCGCUCCGCGCGAGGGUGACGAUCGUACUAGAAAUCGGCGACUAGCCGACAUACGGAGGGGCAACAAGACCAGACACCAACUUGAGUUACUAACCAACGCCCAUGGAGGGAUUAAAAAACAAUCAUCGACGCCCUCAUCAUGGCGAUCCGAAUCAAGAACGUUGGAGACGUGGUCGGCGAAGGAGAAGAGAGAAAGGACGUUGCCUAAACCUCCAGAUUUAGAAACCAGGAAUUCUUGCCCGGCGUUGCCCGCAAUAUCCCCGUCGUUGGGAAUUCAUAUUGACAGUGAGUCAAGACAACACAGUCCUCAAGCAGGGUUGUACGGUCCUCGAGCUUUCGGCUCAAAUGCCAAAACAACUAAACAGGAAAGUCUUAACUUAAACUUGCCAAGCGAUAAACCGAGGGUAAUGAGGGACAACUCAUUAGAUUUGAUCGCGAAUGUUCGUCACCCGUCAUCAAAAGUUGCAGCAAAACAUAAAUUUGGAAACCAAAACUCCAAAUUGACUUUACCUCCCAAGAACGAUUAUGUUAAGGCUAUUCAAUACGAAUCAAAACCGAAGAGAACGUUCAGUGUUCCAGACAUUGCCAACUCAACUCAGCCAUCAGACCUGUCAGAAGCUCGCCAAAUUGCCAUCAAAGAAGCAGAAAUUUCUAACUCCAAUAAAGACAGAAGGGAAUAUGAUUCAACCAACGGAACGAAACACCGUUAUUCUGUACUUCUUAAAGGAGGCACCUCAGCAACGAAAGCACCGUAUGUGGCUAGAGUUGGAAGCGAAACCAUCGGUCAGAAUACAGUGUCUAAAAGUGAUGAUGAUCGUCACGCUGAUGAUGCCCACAGUUGUCUCCAAAGAACGUCAACCGAUGACGCGGCAACGAAAGAUGGCGAAGAUCGUCUGCAAAAACCAACGACCGCUCCUCGUAAACGCGAGGGCGUCUCUUCUCCAAGUCGCCGUCGCGGAAGGCACCUGAGAAGCCACAAAGAACUCUUUGCUUUCCAACAAGACCUGCUUCUUCCUCGAUACAGGAAGUUGGCUGGGAUAAGUGGCGGCGAUGCAGAUGUGCCGCCGAAUGAUCGACGGUCUGCCGACGAAAGCCAAGGAGGAGGCGCGUUUACGCGACGAUCGGACGCAAGGGAAGUCUUUGAGAAGGUCCGUCUUAUCAUCAAGGGCCCAGAGAAGGUUGAGACUGUCACCAAGCCUACAGAUCGUAAAGUUCCUCAAAUGAUGCCCAUCUAUCUAAAGUCAGGCUUGCCCUGUGGGUAUGUCGACUCAUCAAGUAAAUGUGACGCCUGGUUGGACUCCAAUGACUUUGAUGACUAAAGAAUUAAAAUGUAUUUAUUACAAAUAAAGACUGAAGAAUUAAAAUGUAUUUAUUACAAAUAAUAUAUUCAAUUCAAUUCAACAUUUAUUUUUCUUCCAAUUGACAUUUAAUCCGUUUUCAUAUAGAAUAUACAAAUCAAUAAUAUCAUAAAUAUAUUUUUUUUUUAAUGAAUAUGGAUAUGAAAGAACCAUUCCGAUUCGUUCCUGCCCGGUUGGGCAUUGUCAGAGUUAGUCAUUGGAAUUUACCAUUACAUAUACAUGUAUGUAAAUACGGAGCCAUAUGUUAUUUAAAGUGAAGCAAUUGAUCUUGGCUCCGUAACAUGGCAGACGUGCAAUGCCAAUGACCAAUCAAUAUCAUCGUUGCAUGCACACUUUGUUAAAAAAAUACCGACCAGUAACCAAUCAGAGGGUUUUUUUCAUACAUGUUAUUCAUCGAAAACCUUCAUGUUACGGGGCAGGGCCCUGAAUACGCUAUGGCUAAAGGCGAGGACCCUCCUCACCCAAACAGUAUCGAACUAUCGCCGAUCGAUCAAAAUUCCGGCCAUUGGUCGUCUUCCAAAACACUUUAAAAAAUGUCUCUCAUGUAAGUACCCUAUAUAAGGCAUCUCGUCUCAUCUGAUUUUGGAAUGAUGUAAAAGUUAUUAAUAUAUGGCCCUUUAUACCAAGGGCAGGCAGGUGGGCGGGGGAUAAUAAUACGUUAAAUUUGAAGAUGUGGACGUGAGAGAGAAAAGCGACCGAUCGGUCAUGAACAUGAUGAAGGCGUUUUUAUGGGGGGGUCAGGGAUGUCCUUUCAUGUUGUUGGGUAGCCUUUUUUGUUGGAUGAUCGAGUUAAGUAACAUAUCAAAUUUUAUCAUUUGAAAAGUUUUAUGAAAUAUGCCUUCGCAAGCAAUUUAAAACGAAAAAAGUAUCCAUGCAUUCACGAGCGGCAUCAUGUUUUUUAUUCAGGGGAAAUGCCAUAAGGUGACAUAUUUGGUUAAACCUCGUAAUUCCGAAGGUUCUUUAUUCCGAAUGUUCGUAAUUCCGAAACACGUAAAUUGCCCAUACCUCAAUGUUCAUUAAUCCGAAAAAGAAAAGGGGUUCGUUAAUCCGAACAUUUGUGGCAUUAUUCUGAAGGUUCGCUAAUCCGAAAACUUUGGAAUAACGAACCUUUGGAAUGCAAACCUUCGGAAUUACGAAUGUCACCCACAUAUUGUUUGUUUAUCACUGGGUAUUACCACUAGUCCUAUACAACACAGACUUCUCUGAUCUAUUUUUCUUUAUCCCCGACUUUUCUCUUGAUUGUAUUCAUUUUCUGUAAUUUGGAAGAGCAUGCAUAGGGGCGGUCACCCACCCUCCUUUGGCACUGAGGAACGGGGCGACCCGCCCCAUGAUUUUUAUUAUUAUUAUUUCUUUGGCGGGGUCUAGUAGUGAAAAAAGAAUGAAAAGGCGGAAGAAAAUGAAGAAAGAAAAUGGUAUAUUUUAUUGAAAGAGAAGGAAAUGAAGGCCUAUAUUGCCUGUGGGGAACCCCCCCCCUCCCCCUCCUCAUCCUGGUACCGUCUCUGUUUUGUCACAUUGUUAAGGUGAAAAAGUUUAUUGAUAUAUAAUCCUGACAUUGAAUGAUCGUCAUCAAAACAAAACAUUUAGUCUGGCUACAACAUUUUUUAUACAUUUCUCUGCUGGUUAAAGCUAUCGACAAUAUACAGAAUCAUGUUUUAUGACAAUAUUGAUUUUUGUAUAGCUAUUAUGAAUGAUUUAGUAUGCACAACAUGGCGCAUAUCUCUUUAAGAGUGCAGUCUUUAUGAAGACGAGCGGAAGAUAUAUUUAGGUUUGAAUUUACAAAUGUGUCACAAUUUAUAGUCAUAUAUGUAUUUUUGAGUAUUUCAUAUUAUUUAUGUUACUUCUCCAAUUCAUGCGUCUCUUUCUGACAUUCCUCUUUAUCCCCUUUCUGACUCUGAUACUACUUCUUUUAUUAAUUUUAGAUAUCUAGGCACUACCCCCCCCCCCCCUCCCUCUCUCUCUCACCCAUUGAUCUUUCAACCUUCCCUAGUUCAGCCCCAACAAUUUUCCUCCCAUCUCUCUCCUUUUCCCUCAACCCCUUUGUCUUCCCGGCUCCAAUAUUGCAUCCUCAUUUCUCACCCCUUCCCUCCACUCCCCCUCUCUCUCCCUUUCUCUUUCUUUCUUUCUCUCUCUCUCUCUCUCUAUUUACAGUUGUAAAAUGCUCAAGGGUCAAUUGCAGAAAGAGUUGAGAUCAAAUGCAACUCAUUUUCAACCAUUUAAAAGAAUUUAGGACUUGUUUGAUUUUUUAGUUGCAAUCAAAUGCAAAUUGAUUCCUCUUUAGUUGCAAUCAAACACAUCUUGAUGUUAUUUAGUUGCAAUCAAACACAACUUGAUGUUUUUGUUUGCGAUCAAACGCAAACUUGAUUUUUUUUUUAGUUUCAAUCAAACGCAACUUGAUUUUUUUUGUUGCAAUCAAUCAAAACUUUUUUUUUUUUUUUUUUUUUGUUGCAGUCAAAUGCAACUUGAGUUUUAUUUUUAGUUGCAAUCAAAUGGCACUAGAUUUUUAACCAUGUAAUUAGCCAUUAAAUUUGAAUUUUUGAGUUGCGUUUGAGCAACUUUUUUCUACAUCUGGCCCUUGUUCAAAUACAUAAUGCUUAACAGCACAAAUACUUUGAUAGUUGAUGUUAAACACAUAAUAAUACACAUAGAUAAGGCUUGAGCUUGUUUUAUAAAUAAUUUAUGCAACUCUGUGAUAUAAACAUACAGUGCAUAACAAUCAAAUAGGAAAUAAUGCAUAUCAAAUCUCAUGAAUAAAACUUUAAGAACAUUGUUACAUUUCAUUGUAAUGUUGUAUUGCAUAUUGACAAUCUAAAUGGCCAAACUUUUUAUAGUUCAUUGAAAUAGAAUGAUGGAAAAUGUAAUAAUAUAUUUUAUACAUUGUAGAGUAUUUUAAUAUUUGGUAAAUAAAUGGUAUACUUCAUUA